AUUGCUACUUCCUGCAUUGGAUGCCACCAUUGAUUCAGAAUUCAGGUUCAGAGAUCAAGUAGCGGUGUGAUUUUCCGUUACACCAUCAGCAGACCUAAGCAGUGCUCGCUGGUCGGGUAAUGCACCCAAGAAUCGCAGUUCACGUCGCCUAACCUAAAUAGGGAAGCGUAAAGCGCGUGUCAGGUGUCGGUGCUCGUGGUUGGGUCCCUGGUCGUUCGAGUCGAGUGGUAUCAUUAGUACCAGCCAUUCUUUUAUGACGCUUCUUGUAGAGUCGGAUUCAGAGCGAAUGGGGGAAACGUACGGAUCCAAGAAGCGUCACGACGACGAAUCGGAUCGCAAUGCGGCUCCGGUGAGCCAGGGAAACAUGGAUGCUGGGUUUCGCGACGGCGGAAAGCCGUUACUUGACGAGAACGGGGCGGCAGAUGACGGCUCUCCGUCAUCUGCCGUCUCGGCGACACUGAAGGGUGAGACAGAACCGAGCGGUGAUGCGAGCAGCGGCACAAAGGAGAAUGAGAACGAAGACGAGGAGGAGGAGGAGCAGAAGGGGCAGAAGGAGGAGGAGGAGAAGAAGAAGAAAAAUAAGAAAACGAAAGAGAAGCAGCCGGCGGUGGCGUACUGGCGGCUGUUCUCGUACGCCGACAGCACGGACGUCGCGCUCAUGGCGGUCGGCACAGCAGGCGCCGUGCUUCACGGCGCCGCUCUGCCGCUGUCGUUCCUCUUUCUGGGGAAGAUGGUGGACUCGUUCGGGACGAACGACCUGUCUGGCGUGAACACUUUUGUCCUGGCGAUGGUCUACAUUGCACUGUGCUGCUUGGUUGGCGGCUGGCUAGAGGUCUCUUGCUGGAUGCACACGGGGGAGAGGCAGAGCGCCAGAGUACACCGGCUGUACCUGCAGGCGCUGCUGCGGCAGGAGGUGGCGUUCUUCGACCUAGAGGCGUGCUCGGGGGAGCUGGUCAGCCGGGUGUCUUCAGACGUUCUCCUGCUGCAAGACGCCAUAUCUGAAAAGGUCGGCAACUGCCUGCAUUACCUCGCUACCUUCAUCUGUGGCUUCAUCGUUGGCUUCACCAGCGUGUGGCAGAUGGCGCUCGUGAUUCUCGCCGUCUGUCCACUCAUAAUCGCCACUGGAGGGAUCUAUGCAGCUAUCUUGACCGGCCUUACCAGCAAAGGGGAAAAGGCGUAUAUCGAAGCAGGGAAGAUUGCCGAGCAGGCUGUGGGGCAGGUGCGCACGGUGCAGUCAUAUGUGGCCGAGGACCGCACAGUGGAGGCGUAUGCCCGCGCACUCACACACACUUUCAAACUCGGAGUGAAGGGUGGCAUAGCCAAGGGGCUGGGUCUGGGCGCCCUGUACGGGCUGUUCUUUGCGUCCUUCGCACUCAUGUUCUGGUUCUCGGGGGUUCUAAUCGCCAACAACAUAGGGAAUGGGGGCGCCAUUCUGACCACCAUGUUCGCCGUGGCCCUCGGCAGCCUUGGGCUCGGGCAGGCGCUGCCCAACGUCACUGCCUUUGCCAAGGGGCAGGUCGCUGCGUACAAGAUCUUUGAGACCAUAGCGAGACGGCCGGCGAUUGGUGGGGGUUGGGAGGAGGGGGAGGGGGGAGGGGAGGGUGGGGGGAAGGAGUUGGGAGCGGUGGAAGGGAGAGUGGAGUUUGAGGGCGUGUGCUUUGCGUACCCGGCUCGACCCGAGGUUCCUAUAUUCCAGGAAUUUUGCCUCUCGAUCCCUGCUGGCAAAACAGUCGCUCUGGUCGGCCCCUCGGGCAGCGGCAAGUCAACCGUGGUGGCGCUCAUUCAGCGCUUCUAUGACCCGUCAGCUGGCGCCGUGUCAUUGGACGGCGCGGAUCUGCGCCAGCUCAGCCUGCCGUGGCUGCGAUCCCAGCUCGGGCUAGUCAGCCAGGAGCCGUCUCUCUUUGCUACAAGCAUUCUGGAGAACAUUCGGUACGGCAAGGAGGACGCAACGCAGGAGGAGGUGGAGGAAGCAUCGAGGAUUGCCAACGCGCACUCGUUCGUGCGGGCGCUGCCCCAUGGGUACAGCACGCAGGUGGGCGAGCGCGGAGUGCAGCUGUCAGGAGGCCAGAAGCAGCGCAUUGCCAUCGCCCGAGCCGUCAUCCGCAACCCGCGCGUGCUGCUAUUGGACGAGGCCACGUCCGCGCUGGACAGCGAAUCGGAGCGCGCGGUUCAGGCCGCGCUGGACGGCGGACUCAUGAGGGGGAGAUCGACGGUUGUGAUCGCGCACCGGCUGUCUACGAUAAGACAUGCGGAUAAGAUCGCCGUUGUGGCGGGGGGGAGGGUGGUGGAGGAGGGGAGCCAUGAGGAGUUGAUGGCUCUUGGGGGGAAGGGGAAGGGGGAAGGGGAAGGGGAAGGGGAAGGGGAAGGGGAAGGGGGGAGGAAGGGCGGGGGUGUGUAUGCUAAUCUGGUGCGGCUGCAGAUGGUAACCGGGCAGGAUGCACCAACCAAUCAGGGCUUAGCAUUGCAAGCAGACGACCCUCAUGCUGCUGACGUGGACCAAUCAGGAGAGGAGGAGGAUGUAGGGCGAAAGAUCUCUCUGGCUCUGAGCUCGCUCUCAGAGACGUCCCUGCCACGUGGGCACAGUGGGCUUGGUGCUGACGUGGGCACUGCUGACGUGGACCCAGAGGAAAGAACCGAGGAGGAGGAGGAGGAGGAGGAGGAAGGGGAGGGAGUGGAAGGGGGAGGGAGGGGGAAGAGAGUGUGGGGUGAACUGAGGAAGGUGUUACCUGCCCCCCUCAGGGGCUUGCUGCCUGGGGGCAAGAAGAGAGGGACGAAAGGGGAGGGAGGUGAAAAGGAGGGGUUGGGGGGAGGAGAUGGAGAGAAAGGAGAGGAAGCAACAGUAGAGGCGGGGCGACCUAAGGCGACGUGGUGGCGGCUGGCUGCGAUGAGUGCAGCAGAGUGGCCGUUCACUGCACUGGGCGUGGCGGGUGCUGUCUUGGCAGGCGCGUUCAACCCCGUGUAUGCGCUGCUGCUGAUCGAUGUCAUAGCAGCGCUCUACAACCCCGACACGGACGAGAUGAAGCGGCAGGUCAACAAGUGGGCCAUCGUGUUCACCGGGCUCGGCGUGCUGUCCCUGCCGGUGCACACAGUGCAGCACUACGGCUUCGGGGUGUCGGGGGAGGCGCUGGUGAAGCGGGUUCGAGAGAAGAUGCUGGCAGCCAUCCUUCGCAACGAGGUGGCGUGGUUCGAUCAAGACGCCAACGCCAGUGGCGCCAUCGCCUCGCGACUAGCCACCGACGCCACUCUGGUCAAGGCAGCCGUGGCGGACCGGAUCGCUCUGGCAACGCAGAAUCUCUCGGUGGUUGUGAUUGCGUUCGUGAUCGGGUUCGUGGUGGAGUGGCGCGUGGCGUUGGUGGUGAUUGCGACCUUUCCGCUCUUGGUCUUCGCGGCUCUUAUGGAGCAACAAUUCCUAGCCGGGUUCGCUGGCAACCAGAGCGCCUCGCACGCGCGCGCAACAACAGUGGCAGCAGAAGCAGUGGCAAACAUCCGCACUGUAGCAGCAUUCAACGCCCAGGACAAAGUCCUCGCACUGUUCACUGCCAGGCUGGCGGGCCCGCUAAGGCGCUCCUUUCUUCGCGGGCAAAUUGGGGGGGCAGGUUUCGGGCUAAGCCAGUUUUUUAUGUAUGGCUCCUAUGCGCUUGCGCUGUGGUUCGGGUCGACUUUAAUUCCCAAUACGGCGUCCUAUGGGGAUGUACUUAAAGCCUUUAUGGUGCUGAUUAUGACGUCCAUGGCUAUAGCUGAGAGUAUUACGCUUGCGCCGGAUAUUGCCAAGGGAAGCGUGGCCAUUAGAUCGGUUUUCAAGACCACCGAUCGGACGCCCAGGAUUCUUUCGGAUGAUCCGACGGCUGAGGUGGUUUCUACUGUUCGGGGGGAAAUUGAAUUCCGAUCUGUUUCUUUCGCCUACCCGACCCGCCCGGGAGCGCCCGUGCUGAAAAACUUUUCUCUCCGGGCAGCUCCGGGAAAGAUGCUGGCGCUGGUGGGCCCUUCGGGCAGCGGAAAAAGUUCUCUGGUGGCCCUGGUGGAGCGGUUUUACGAUCCGACGGCUGGUAGUGUGCGAGUGGAUGGGGAGGACAUCCGGACCGUCCAUCUGAAGACGCUGCGAUCCUUUAUCGGGCUGGUCAGCCAGGAGCCGGCUCUAUUCGCCACCAGCAUCCGUGGGAACAUUCUGUAUGGUCAGCCAGACGCAACCGAAGCAGAGGUGGUGGAAGCAGCACGGGCUGCCAACGUGCAUGGUUUCAUCAGCGGUCUGCCCCAGGGCUACGACACGCAGGUGGGAGAGAGAGGAGUGCAGCUGUCAGGAGGCCAGAAGCAGCGCAUCGCCAUCGCCCGGGCUAUUCUCACAGACCCGGCUAUUUUGUUGCUAGACGAGGCCACGUCAGCGCUGGACGCGGAGUCUGAGCUGGCGGUCCAGUCAGCACUGAACCGCAUCAUGAUUGGCCGUACCACGAUCGUUGUCGCGCACCGGCUGUCCACCAUCUGCCAUGCGGACUGCAUCGCUGUGCUGCAGGAUGGGAAGCUGGUGGAACAGGGCACUCAUAUGGAGCUCAUAGGUGUACAUAAUGGUGCUUAUGCCACUUUAGUGCAAUUGCAACAAAGGAAUAAAGUGGCCUUGUGAUGGCUUACUUAUUGUAUUGUAAGUUCUGUAGAAUGAAUGGUCCUGUAGUGAAGCAUAUGGCACAAUCAAGACUCCAUGCCUAAGACCGAACGUAACGAUUAUGGGUACCAUCUUAUUUAGGAAUAGACUUACAACACAUUCAUUGUCUUCUUGUAGCGAACUUGAUGCAUAACUUAUAUGAAAGGUUUCUAG